GCAAGAGACCUACAGGCCCCCACACUACCAUCCAUCCCACCCCGGCCUAGCCACACCCCGCCACACCCCUCCCAUCCCCUCCCCCACCUACAUGCCCCAUCCUUAACAAUGGGCGCCUGCGUGAGCACGCCCGACGAGAAAGCCUCGGCACAACGCACCCAAGCCAUCAACAGGCUCCUAACCGCCGAAGCCCGCUGCACCGAAUCCGACGUCAAGCUCCUCCUCCUCGGCGCCGGCGAGUCCGGCAAAUCCACCGUCCUCAAACAGUUCAAACUCAUCCACGGCGUCCCCUUUGCCGACGACGAUCGAAAGGUGUAUAAGAGUACGAUACACGGGAAUGUUGUGGAGUCUCUCGCGACGCUGUUGGAGGGGAUGAGGAGGUUGGAGUUGAAGUAUCAGAGUGAGAAGGGGAAGGAGGCGGCGAGGAGGAUUAGGGAGGGUGGUGUGGGUUUGUUGACGCCGGAGUUUGUGCAGGCUGUGCAUGUGUUUUGGAACGAUGCUGGGGUGCAAAGGUGUUAUGCGAGGUCGAAUGAGUUGCAGUUGAUUGAUUGUUGUCAGUACUACCUCUCUGACCUCCCCCGCCUCGCCUCCCCCACCUACACGCCCACCGACCAAGACAUCUUGCGCGCCCGCGUCACAACCACCUCCAUCACCGAACACCGCCUGCUUAUCAACGGGCUCACCUUCCGCCUCUUCGAUCUCGGCGGACAACGCUCGGAACGCAAGAAAUGGGCGCCGUACUUUGAUGACGUGCAUGCGAUUAUAUUCUUGGCAGCGAUUAGUGCGUAUGAUCAGAGGUGUAAGGAGGAUAAUGAGACUAAUCGGAUGUUGGAAUCACUCAACCUCUUCGACUCGAUCUGCAACCACCCCUUAUUUCGGGACACCUCGAUCAUCUUGUUUUUGAACAAGGUGGAUGUGUUUACGCAAAAGUUGAAGACGACGCCUAUUGUUGACUAUUUUCCGGAUUAUAAAGGCCCAAACACAUUCGACACAGCAGCAACCUUCUUCGCGCAACGCUUCAUGAACCUCAACCGCUCCGCCGAGAAGAAGGUCUACAUCCAUUUCACUUGGGCGACGGAUACGGGCCAUAUCGCGACUGUGCUCGCAACGGUCAAGGCGUUGAUUCUGAAGGAGAACUUGCAUGCUAGUGGGUUGUUUUAGGUGGUGGGAUGUUGGAGGUUGGGGAGGGGAAUGGGAGGUGGAUCUGAUUCUUGGGAUGUAUUGGAUGUGGAAAUUCCGGAGAAUGGAAGAUUUUGAGGCGAGAGGUUAUAGGUUUUGGGAUUCGUAUAUAUGU